AUGAACCAAGAUUUGCUAAAGAGAUAUGAUGACUAUUUUGAGGUAUACGAUAAGCUUUUCAACAUAAAAUUAAGUGAUUCAGUGGAUGAAUUUUAUCAAUUAGUUACCAAUUUUUUCAAUAAAUAUCGUAUUAGUCGGAUCACAUUCUUUUCGAGCCUUAUGUAUGCAGUUAAAUAUAACUAUGGUUCGCUUAUGCUUUAUAUCAAACUUUUUAACCUAAUAAAUGAAAAUUAUCCAAUUUCUCAAUCACUUUUAAGUCAGAAACUACUCAGAUCUAUGGAAAAAUAUUUACAUAUAAUUACACAGGAAAUUGAUAAUUCAUUCCCAAAAGAAGACGAGAUUGGCUAUUUCAUUAUGUUUGAUCAAAUUGAUAAAUUCAAGGAGUAUGCAAUUAACCACAGUGUUGAACGUCUCAGAAUGAAAUAUUCUGCCAUCCUCCGCAGAAAUUCUAUUCUUGAGAAUUGUGCUUAUUUUGGAUCUGUCAACAUUUUCAAUUUUCUUCUUACAAAUUCAGGUUUCAAAAUCACAUCAAGAUGUCUCCGGAAUGCUAUUAUCGGUGGAAAUACAGACAUCAUCAAUGAAUGCAUGAAGUCAUUUCAAAUUGAUCGUGAUUGUUUCAAUUGUGCUAUUGGUUCACACAACAACAAAUUUUUUGAAUACAUUCUGAAUCAGGAUCUUGUUGAAUUUGAUAAAGUUGAUUUUGAGACUAUUUUUUAUUCCCAAAACUUGAAAGCUCUGUUUCUUAUGUAUGGAAAAGAUCCUAAUUCUAUUGUUCCAUGGUGUUUAGCAUUUCCAGAAACUAUCGAUAUCAUUAAAUCAGGCAACAUCAAUUUCACAAAAACAGAUUCUGAUAAUAAAACACUUCUUCAUUAUUCAUCAAUGUAUGCAUGCAACGAUAUAACUCAAUUUUUAUUAGAUUCACGAGAAUUAAAUCAUAUUAAUAUUAAUGCAAGAGACAGAUUUCAUAAAUCAGCUCUAGAUUAUGCAGCUGCAGGAGAUAGCAAUCAAAUUGCAGAAUUACUUCUGAAAAAUGGUGCAGAAAUUAAUUCACCAGUAUUUUUACAGCCUGCUCUUUAUUACUCAAUAAUCAAUAAAAAUAAACAAAUGACAGAACUUCUUCUAUCUUUUGGUGCAGAUACUAAUAUACUUUAUAACGGAUUCAACACUAUUCUAUCCUUAGCUAUUGAUUUAAACUGUAAAGAAAUUGUCGAGCUUUUAAUUUCACAUGGAGCAGAUCUAAAAGAUAGAAAUGGUGAUUCGGCGCUUGCAAGAUCAGCACGAUACAAUAAUAUAGAGAUAGUAAAACUUUUACUUUCACACGGCGUCAAAGUUAAAGGAAGUGGAGGCAAUCGCGCGCUUUAUGAAUCAAUAAGUAAUAAUUGUACUGAAGUUGCUAAACUACUUAUUUUAUAUGGUGCAGAUCCUACGAAAAAUUAUGGAUUUGAAACAAAUUUAGGUAUUGCAAUCCAGAACUGUAACAAAGAAUUAGUAGAGAUUCUAAUUUCAAAUGGUGUAGAUGUCAAUACUUAA